UAAAAAUGACUACACCUUUUUCUAAUGAAUGCGUUUCAUCACAGUGCGAAAACGCAACUCCUCUUUGUUGUCCCUACAACUACCCUUCACUGCAUCUGCACUAAUUCUUCUUCAACACAAUCAUCAAACCCAUCAACUAAAUCAAAAUCAAAAUCAAACUCUCUCUCUACAACUUCUUCAACUCCCAACGCAAUUCCGCGAAAUCCACGAGAUUUGCUGAUUACAUGCAUUUACUAGCAUGGAUUACCGCUCUAAUCUUCGUCGCCAUCAAUUUCCUCCCAUUUUCCCUCUCCGACCCGCGAAUUUCCGAGGCCCGCUUCUUGUGCAGCCUGGAGCGGCCGCCGGCGAACGCCAGCGCCUCCUACAUCCCGCUCUUCGUGAGCGGGAUGGAGGUCCUCUCGCAGCGAGUCACAGCAAACGAGUGGGGCAGCUACGCCGUGAACUCGACCAACACAUCGAUAUACACCCUGGCGCAGUGCCACGCCGACCUCUCGCGCGACGACUGCCUCCAGUGCUACGCCGCCAGCCGCACGCGCCUCCCGCGCUGCCUCCCCGCCGCCGGCGGACGGAUCUUCCUCGACGGCUGCUUCCUGCGCUACGACAGCUACGCCUUCUUCAACGAGAGCGUCGAUCCUGAUUCCGACGCGGUGAACUGCAACUCCACGGCGCCGAAUUCCACGCUGCCGGAGGCGGAGUUCAGGAGGAGGGUGGUGGAGGUGAUCGAUAACGUCACGGCCGGCGCCGGGAGGUUCGCCGCGGUCGGGAUCGGCGGCGCGUUCGGAUUGGCGGAGUGCUGGAACACCGUGGGCGCGGAGGGGUGUAAGGCGUGUUUGGCGAAGGCGAAUUCGGAGAUUAGGCGGUGUUUGCCUAGCAGCGAAGGCCGCGCGUUGAAUGCUGGUUGCUAUCUGCGCUAUUCUACGCAGAAAUUCUUCUCCAAUCAGUCUGAUGCAUCAAAUCGUGAUUCCGGUGUUUCUAGAAGAGGAGUGAUCGUCGCCAUUGCUUUCUCUGUGGUUGCUUUCUGUAUGCUCUGCCUCUUUGGUGGUCACGCCGCUUAUCGAAGAUGGAACCGACGUAAACAAGAGCGUUAUAAUCUGGGCAAGAUUUCGUAUUCGUACAACAAGUCGAGCUUGAACUACAAAUACGAAACCCUGGAGAAGGCGACCGACUAUUUUGAUCCGUCGAGGAAACUAGGGCAGGGAGGGGCGGGCUCGGUGUACAGAGGGACCCUCCCGGACGGGAAGACUGUGGCAGUGAAGCGGCUUUUCUUCAGCACGAGGCAGUGGGUCGACGAGUUCUUCAACGAGGUGAACCUCAUCAGCGGAAUCGAGCACAAGAAUCUCGUGAAGCUUCUUGGCUGCAGCAUUGAAGGCCCCGAAAGCCUCCUGGUUUAUGAAUAUGUGCCUAACCAGAGCCUUGAAGUCUGCCUCUUCGGUGUGUUUUUCGUCUCUCUUUUUGUAGUCGUUGUUCUUCGGACUCAUGAAUUUCUCGUCUCCCUCGCUGCAGAUAAGAAUCGGGCGAAGAUCUUGAACUGGAAGGAGAGGUACAACGUUGUGGUUGGGACGGCUGAGGGGAUCGCGUUCCUUCACGGAGGCACCGAGUUCAGGAUCAUCCACAGAGACAUCAAGAGCAGCAAUGUUCUUCUUGAUGAGAAUCUUGAUGCUAAGAUUGCUGAUUUUGGUCUUGCUCGGAAUUUCGCAGCCGAUAAAACUCAUCUCAGCACAGGAAUUGCAGGCACAUUAGGAUACAUGGCACCCGAGUACAUAGUGAAAGGGCAGCUCACGGAGAAAGCCGACGUUUACAGCUACGGCGUUCUGGUUCUCGAAAUCGUGUGUGGGAGGAAGAACAACGCCUUCGUCGAGGACUCGGGAUCUCUUCUACAAACAGUAAUAUCCCCUCCCGUCGUGAUCAUCUUUAUAACGUUGUUUCAUUUGGUUCAUUUUCAUAAACAUCGAUUCGUUCAGGUCUGGAAGCUCUUCAAGACGGAUAGACUGGCGGAAUCAGUCGAUCCUUCUCUGGAGGGCGACUUCCCGCCAACGGAAGCUUCAAAGGUCUUGAAAAUCGGGCUCCUCUGCGCUCAGGCAUCCAUGGCUCAACGACCAUCAAUGGCGGAUGUCGUGAGAAUGCUGACGGACGAAAACUGCGAGAUCCCGGAACCAAAGCAACCGCCGUUCUUGAACACUAGCGCCCUCUCGGGCAGCACGACUAGAUCAUCCUACAGCAACAGUUUCACGUCGAACCCGAUGACGCGGCCGGAAACAUCCUACCCCACCACGGAAUCCUUCAGCAUUCAGAGCUCAGAAGGGCGGCAAUCAACAAGUGAAGAGACCAGGUUAAAAUAGAAGAGUCCUUUGCAUGAUUAAAUUUGGCUUCAUUUUGCCUAAGAGUUGUACCAUGGGUGGUGAAAGUGAAAGUGAAAGUGAAAGUGAAAGUACAAGAGUUCAAAGCUUGUACGAAACAUGUAUGCAGAUUUUGUAGAGUUUUUUAAGUUUAGAGAAAAGAAAAGAAUAUAAGAUUUUGUAGAGUUUUUUAAGUUUAGAGAAAAGAAAAGAAUAUAGGUGAAAUUUGUGUAGCAGUUGAAAUGUCAUUUUCUUGGGAGGUAGAGUUGAAUUUUCCAUGUAGAUUAGAGAGAUUGGUUGUCAAAGUUUAAUAGUAAAUAUAGGGUAGGAAAUGUGGGCGGUUGCCUGGACCCCAUUUUUCUCUUCAUGUCCUCAUUUUGCGUCGAGGAGGCCUUGUCCAAGCGGCAAAGUUGAGGCACUAAAAACUCUCUCUUCUAAGAAUUCAUUGAUUUACGUCCCACCGACGACAUAUGAAUUGUAUUUUAUUUGAAUAUUGAGUUAUAAUUUGUUUGAAUAUUUAAUUUAAUUUGUAAUAAUAUGAUUGUUCUUAA